UGAGAUUUCCCGUGAUCUAGAAUAAACCACCAGAGGUGGUUCUAGUAAAUAGUAGUUUAAAUUUUAAAGUUCUGUUCUUCUCAACUUUUUUCCUUCAUCCCUCAUCCUCGUUAUACUCUCCAAAAAGUAGUAGUCCUUCCCGAGCACUCUCUUUCAAGCAAGAUGGAAUUGCCGGUUUCUGCCAUUGGAUUUGAAGGUUACGAAAAGCGACUUGAGCUUUGCUUUUUCGAGUUAGGAAACUCUUAUGGCCCUGGAUUUGGUCUAAGGUCUCUCUCCAAAGACCAGCUGGAUGAAAUUCUGACACCUGCUGCAUGCACCAUAGUGUCUUCAUUGGCUAAUGAUGAAGUCGACUCUUAUGUCCUUUCGGAGUCUAGCCUCUUUGUCUACUCUUACAAGAUCAUAAUCAAAACUUGUGGCACCACUAAACUGCUGCUCUCUAUCCCGCCCAUUCUUAAGUUAGCUGAUGAACUUAACCUGAAAGUGAAGUCUGUGAGGUACACUCGUGGUAGUUUCAUCUUUCCCGGGGCUCAGCCAUACCCACAUCGCCACUUCUCCGAAGAAGUGGCCGUGCUUGACGGAUAUUUUGGUAAGCUUGGUGCAGGCAGCAAUGCUUAUAUGAUGGGUGAUGCUGAUAAACAACAGAACUGGCAUGUGUAUUCUGCUUCAGCUGAAUCUGCCGAUGCCAAUAAUGUGAAACCAGUUUACACACUCGAGAUGUGCAUGACUAAAUUGGACAAGAAGAAGGCAUCCGUGUUUUACAAGACUCAAUCAAGCACUGCCGCUGAGAUGACUGAAGUUUCGGGCAUUCGGAGGAUUCUCCCAGAAUCAAACAUAUGCGACUUUGACUUUGAUCCUUGCGGUUACUCAAUGAAUGCUAUUGAGGGGUCAGCAAUUUCUACUAUUCACGUGACACCCGAGGAUGGAUUCAGCUAUGCAAGUUUUGAAGCAGUGGGUUAUGAUUUCAGAGACUUCAAAUUGACUGCAAUGAUUGAGAGGGUGUUGUCCUGCUUCGGACCUGCUGAGUUUUCUGUGUCAUUGCACUGUGACGCUCCUGGGAAGGAACUUUAUACUGACUCUGGCCUGGACAUUAUCGGAUAUGCGAAUGGAGAAAAGACUACUGAAGUGCUUGGUGAGGGAGGAUCACUUACGUACCUCACAUUCAGUAGCGGUGGUAGCUGCGGAUCCCCCAGGUCAAUCCUUAACAACUGCUGUUGGAGUGAGAACGAGGAUGAGGAAAUGGAGAAGAUAUAUUAAUGAGAAAUCUGUUUAUUCUCCUUUUUAGUAUGCAAUACUAUAGUCUGGUAUAGAUCCAGGCAUGCAAAUAAUGUUUCUUUGUUGGUUCAUCAAGUCUAGUAGUAGUAUCAGUUUUUGGUAUUUGAAUUCAGUCCUGUGGUAUUUUGUGUCAUGAAAUAAAAACUCUGCUGAGUCGAUG